AAAUCUUUAAUUCAUUGUUGUGUUAACAGCUGAGUUCUGCCACCUGAAUGUUAAUCAGAUUUUAUCUAUUUAAUUAUGAUAUAAUUCGUAAACGUUGAUAAAGUGCGUGCGGUGGUGCAUGCUCGGUGCACAAUAUGAGUAAAAACUUGCAAUCUCCGACCAAGUUAACCGAAUUCGCACCGUUACAAGCCGAGGAAAAACAGGACACAGUUGGACAAUUGUUUUCAAGAAUAUUCAGCUUUGGAAAAUCUACUUUGCGGCCGGAACAAGCCACAUCAUCAGCUGAAAAUGCCGAUAAUAUAUCACAAGAGUCUUUACCGGCUUGGGCAACCCUUGAAAGGGAUGAAGCAAGUGACACAGUGGUGUAUGAAGUGGAUGUUGCUGAAGGAAGAAGUUUGCCCAGUGUACUCAAACGAAUAAGUAAUUUAUUAGUACUUAAAAGCAAUAAUUUUCAAGCAUAUUCUGACUCAGAGUUAAAACAAUAUUGGAUGCCUGAUUCAGUGAGUAAAGAAUGUUAUGAAUGCUGUGAAAAGUUUACUACAUUUAGAAGAAAGCAUCACUGCAGAGUUUGUGGGCAAAUAUUCUGUUCAUCUUGCUGUAAUCAGCAAAUACCAGGAAAAAUAUUUGGUUGCACAGGGGAUUUAAGAGUUUGUACCUACUGUUGCAAAGUAGUUCUAUCUUACCUGCAAUCAAACGAUAUCGGAUCGGAUUUAACUGCAGAUUUACGAGCGUUGCAAGAAAAUUUACAAUCGAAAUACGGCGAUAUUUCAUCUUCUUCCUCACCAAGCCAAAGCACCUUGUCUCCUAGUAGCGGAAUAAAUGAAACAGUCGCGGAUAAAACUAAUACAGUUAAGAGGAAGAUAUCAGUGGGAUAUCAAGAGGAAAAGUUUGCAUCAGGCAGAGGAUCAAGUUCUUAUCUAACAUCUGAAGAAAAAUGUCGAGCAUUACAAAACUCCGCAUCUCUGCGGAAUCUGUACGAAGAAAUAUGUCGGCCGAAUGGCGGAAUCUCACUCAGGAAACAACGCUAUCGUUUAAGAACAUAUAUUAAUACCUUUCUAGGCUCUGAAUUAGUUGAGUGGUUAAUUUAUCAACAGAAAGCCAAUACAAGAGUUCAAGCGGCAGCAUUUUGCCAGGCCCUUCUAGAUGGUGGCUACAUAAUUUGCUUAGCAGAUUCGCCAUUUUUCAUCGACGGAAACUCACCCUAUAAAAUAGGCGUCGUAUCCUCACCGGAAGUGCCUCCAAAUACGCAGAAUUUCGAAGCGUCCAUACAAGACGAACCGACUUGGGUACAAAAUAUCCCUCAGGACACAACCAAUACAGAUUCAGAAGGUGAACAAAUCUCCCCAACAACACCACAUGUAUCUGCCAGAAUAACUUCUUCAUCUUCUUACACACUUGAUUUAAACGUUGGAGCAAAUACGGUGUAUUUAUCAAAACCACCAGCUUUGAUAUCAAGCACUACAAGUGAUGAUUUUGAAGGAAAUAAUGAUCCUAAUAGAGUGGUUGAAAAUGUGACGAUACGAACAUCGCAACAACAUGAACGUGUGCCUGAAAGUGGCUGGCAUAUUGCCACACAACUUCGCGAAGAAAAUGGCGAAUCUGCUGCUUACAAACUUCUAACAACUGCUUUUGAACAACACGAAACUACUCUUGUGAAGCAGUUGUUAAGUGUGGUUGGUUUAUCUCUAACUUGGAGUAACAUUAUAAUGCCUUUGAUUCAUGAAAUUGUGGAUGUCAUAAGACCAGAUGUCAAUCAUAAUGCUGAAGAAUUAGAUAUUCGUAAUUAUAUUCAAUUUAAGAAAUUAACGGGUGGUGCGCGGUCUGAUUGUGAAUUAGUUCGCGGUAUUGUUUUCACGAAAAACGUAGCGCAUAAAGCAAUGUCUUGCCGUUUAGAAAAUCCAAAAAUAUUAUUGCUUGAAUGCGCCAUUGUCUACCAACGUACAGAAGGGCGUUUAAUGUCAUUGGAUCCUGUAUUGAUGCAAGAACAACAGUUUCUUACGCAUGUCGCUGAUAGAAUUUUAGCACUCAAACCAGACAUUGUUUUGGUACAUAGAAACAUGUCGCGGUUAGCUCAGGAUAUUCUACGACAAAAAGGAGUAACUAUUGUUCUAAACGUUAAACAAAGUGUACUGGAAAGAAUCGCAAGAUGUACGGAUGCUGAUUUAGUCUCUUCGAUUGAUGCGAGAAUCAGUGCGCCAAGAUUAGGCACUUGUAACUUUUAUCUUAAAAACUUCGAUACGGAUCGAGGUGGUUGUAAAACCUUGAUGUUUUUCGAAGGCCUAUCCCAACCACAUCUUGGUUCUACUGUUUUAUUACGCGGUGCAUCUAAAACAGAAUUAUUGGAGAUAAAAUCAGUUGCAUCAUUUUUACUCUUUGCUUGUUAUAACUGGAGAUUAGAGAAAUCAUUCCUAAUGGACGAAUUCGCCUAUCCACGUGUGACAAAAGAUGAAUUCUUUGACGAUAGCAAAGAAAAUUCCCCUGUUUCACCCGUUCACGAAUUGAGCAAACAACGACGUAAGAUGAUAGCAAGUAAUAUUCUGUUUGGAAGUAAUGAGAGCGAUACAGAGUAUUUCAACUCUACAAAAGUUGAUAAAGAGUUAAAAAACAAAGUGGUUGAAGAGAAGAAAUCUAUUACCGAGCCAAUACAAGAUUUUAGCGAUCCACUACAUUCGUACAACGUUGAUGAUGUUUUUAAAGAGAACACAACGCAAAAAAUGUCCGUGGCUGAUUUGCCGUUUUCGAAUCAGUUCCGCAAAGCAUUGGACGACACGAUUCUAUGCAUUUCACCGUAUUUAGUGUUUUCGGUGCCUUAUCUGGAAACAGAAAAUGGAAGAAAAUGCAAACUAAGGAAUUACUUUCCAACGCAGAUCUAUUACAGCGAACAGUUUAUGAAUAACAAGAAAAAGAAGUUGUCCAAAGAUAUGGAUGUUUGUAAUUUAGUUAAAAACGAAAAAAAUAUGCGAGCACCGCAUGAAUUUGUUACCAAACCAAUAUCCGACAGUAUAGAUUCCAAUGAAGUACAAACGUUACUCACACAUUUCCGUGCAUGUGGAGGGCGCCUACCAAAAAAACCUCUUUUAGAUAUUAAGCCAAUUGAAGAGAUAAACAAGGAGAAACGUCACGAGGAUGUUUUGGAUGUGUUGAAUCCACGCAAUCAUCAACGUAUGGCUGUGUUAUUCUGUAGCUUUAGUAAGGAGUCGAUUAAUGCUCCUGCGUUUUGUGUCAAUCCAUGGGUUGUUUAUAUGGCAUUUUACGGUCAGAACGAUAUUCCUCUUGGUUGUUUCCUAAUGCGUUAUUGUUUCUCGCCACAAUACCAUUGUCAGUCAAAGUGUGAAACACCUAUGUUAAAGCAUGUGCGUAAAUUUGUUCACUAUACCGGAUGUGUGAGCAUCACACUCAAUCAUAUUGAGACUCUUUCCAAAGAAGAAGAUAUCAUCAUGUGGAGCUGGUGCAGUAAGUGCCAACAAGUCUCGCCAAUGAUCAAGAUGUCGGUGGAUACUUGGUCGUUUUCAUUCGCCAAAUACUUAGAAUUACGUUUUCAUGGCGGUUUAUACUCGCGGCGUGGAAAUUCUCAGUGUCAACACAGUUUACAUCAUGAUCAUCAUCAGUAUUUUACUUAUAAGAACACAGUCGCUUCAUUUCGAUACACAUCGAUUGAUUUAUGGGAAAUAUCUCUUCCUCCUACGAUUUUACAAAUUAACUAUGAUAAAGAAAAACAACAACAGGAAUUGAUGGACGCAAUUAAAUCAAUGGCGCAGAAUGGUCAUGAAAUGUAUUCGAUCAUUCAAGAUAAACUUGAACUUUUGCCCAGUGAGCAUGACAUUAGAGACACUUAUAAAGAUUUGUUAGCGAAGGAGCAAUUGAUGUUCAAGCAAAAGAUUGAAGAGAUUCAGAUGAAGUUGACGUCGCCGACAAUUGAAAAUAAAAACCUGAAUGAUGAUGUAAAUACUCAAAGCGCAAUGUGGAAGAUUCACGAUGGUGUUGUUCGAAUUAAACGAUUUAUUGUGGAGGCUGUUGAUCAGUGGAACUUGAAACUAUCUGAAAGUAUUACGCACAAAAAGGAGGAUAAGAAAAAGGAUAAAACAAGCUCGCAAGAAUUAGAUAGUCCUAAUACAUCAACAGAAAGCAAAAAUGCACCCAUCGAUGUGGAGUCUGAAGUUUUAUUGAGAAGUACUAAAAGAAAUCGUAGUUUAGAUAAACCUGAAGAUGAAGACAUCUCUUCAUCACCACGAGGUCACCAUCGAUCUCAAUCAGAUGGGACUGUUCUCAACCAAAUUGAAGAUAUUCAAGAUGGCCGCCGGGAAUCUGAAAAGAAAUCGGUCAAAACUCUGUUUUCAUUGUUUUCAAGCGCGCCUUUUACACCAAUAACUAAUCCGUUUAAUAAUGACGAUCAUUAUUCACUACCAAGUGGGCUUUACGCUCCAAUAGCUGUCUACGUAUCCGAACCAAGUUCUAUGAUAGCUUACGCGUUGAAUUCACUUGAUUACAAGAAACAAUUUGAUGAUUUAAUCGGAAAGAAAAGCAAUGAGCAAUCUCCGAGCCCCCUGAGUAAACGUAGAAGUAAUAGUGAUAAAUCCGAAGACUUAUCAUUAUCUACAGACAAAUCUUCAUCGAUUAAAAUGUUCUUUAGGAGUAAAGAUAGUAAAUCUGAUCUGUUAGCAUCUACAAGCACUAAUGCCGACUCGCAAGUUACAAAUGAAAGUCCACCAUUGGAAAAAUCAUCCGAAAAUAACAAAAACAAUAAGAUCGAAGUACAAUUCGAAGACAAUACCUGUAAAUUUUUAUGUUGUGUAUAUCAUGCUGAAAAGUUUACUGCGUUACGGAAAUUAAUUUUACCAGAAGGCGAAGAAGCAUACAUUCGAUCAUUAUCACGGUGUGUUCCGUGGGAUGCACGCGGUGGUAAGUCUGGAUCGACGUUUAGGAAAACGAUGGACGAUCGGUUUAUUAUCAAGGCAAUGCCACAGAAGGAAAUUCAUCUGUUCCUGGAGUCUGCGCAAAAUUAUUUCGCGUAUAUGACAAAAUGUUUUACUAGUGGGCAACCCACACUUUUAGGAAAAAUAGUCGGCAUUUAUCAGAUUGUUUAUAAGAAUACAUUAACUAAUGCGACACUUCGGACCUUUUUGCUGGUGAUGGAGAACUUGUUUUACAAUCGUGUGGUAACACAGAAGUUUGAUUUGAAGGGUUCGAUGCGGAAUAGAUUGGUUAAUCCGGAUAAUCAAGAUGGCGAGAUUGUUUUAUUAGAUGAAAAUUUACUCAAAAUGACAUGCGAAAAUCCUUUGUAUAUUCAUCCGCAUUCCAAAUCUGUUUUAACUGCAGCGAUUCAAAACGAUACAGAGUUUUUAUCGAACCAAUGUGUAAUGGAUUAUUCUCUACUAGUUGGUUUAGAUUCAGAGAAGAAAGAAUUGGUUCUUGGAAUAAUUGAUUAUAUUCGAACGUUUACUUGGGAUAAAAAAUUGGAAACCAUCGUGAAAAAAACUGGUAUUCUUGGUGGCCAAGGCAAGUUACCAACUAUAAUGCCGCCUCAAGAGUAUCAGAAGCGUUUUAUUGAAGCAAUGCACCGAUAUUUUCUCGAAGUUCCUGAUCCCUGGGUCGGCAUGGACCGAGGAUUAGAUACUUAACAUUUUAACACAUAUAAUUUAUUGUACCAUUUGUUGGUAGCUUUUAUUCUUGUUACUGAAAACCCCUCUAAUUUUAAUAAUAUAAAUGUAUAUUGUCAUUGUAUAA